AUGACAAGCAUCACACCGGCACGUCCGUCGCUGACAUCCAACGACGCUGCGGUGCUUCAAGCGCUCUUCGAUGCCGAGUCUUCUCCCUCCUCCGGCAUCACGGUCGACGCUUCACUUCCUUCAUGGCCCGCGAAAGUGAACAUCUCGCAAGCAGAUCUCACUACGCUCAAGCAACGCGAGGCAGAGAUAGUCCGCAAGCUACAAACCAACGAGACCCCAAGCCGGGAGAACAUAAAAUCGGCUUUGGACGAGUUCGACUCUCUCCUCAACCAAUAUCCGACCUAUCCAUCCGCAUACACAAACCGCGCCCAGGCAUUACGCCUACUAGUCGAUAUUCAAUACAAUGAAACCCCUUCCCAGAACAAUCCCCACGUCUCAGAAGCCACCGCAGACGAUGCACUCUUUUCCCCAGAAGCUGCCUCUUUAUCCUCCCGGAUCUUAGCAGACCUGGGCCAAGCAAUCACCCUCGCUACACCCGCUUCCCCCGCUGAUCCUAUGUCCUCGGUCCAAGCACGGCUGCUGGCAGAUGCGCAUACACACCGCGGAUAUCUAUUGCUCAAGGCAGCGCGUGUGAAGAAAGACCAAGCUGGACAAGAGAGUGGUGAAGCAGUUGGCCCGGAGCGUCUGCGUGGGCUCAGCGCAAACCAGCUCGAGGAGAUGGCAAGUCACGACUUCUUCCUUGGUGGUAGAUAUGGAAACAAAGUCGCACAGCAGCUUGCUGUGCAGACCAAUCCGUAUGCGAAGAUGUGCGGGGCGAUUGUGAAGGAGGCGAUGAGGAAGGAAUUCGAGGGGUGA